AUGGAUGUGGAUCUGAAGACUCUGAAGGAAAUGAUAAAAGCAAGGAACCGAACGUCCAUGGCCCUCUACAAGGCUAACGACAUGAAAGGUCUGGCUAAGCUGUACACGGAGGACUGCAAGGUCAUGCCGCCUGGCAGUGGCACUGAGUACGGCCGAGACGGGGUAGAGAAGGCGCUUUCUGGUAGCUGGUCCGACGGCGUGCGUGCCUUCGAGUUAAAGACAGAGGAAGUCGGACCGAUGGAUAGUGACGUCAUCUACGAGCGGGGCACCUGCACCACGAUGGCAGAAGAUGGCAGUGUGACUGACGAGUGCAAGUACGUCUUGAUUUGGAAGAAAGUUAAAGGAGAGUGGUUCGUGCACACCGACAUCUUUAACUCAAGCAAAGCCUGAAGAUUCUACAUCGAUACAGUCACAAUAAAGCGGCGUUUAAAACACGCCUCGG